UGGCGGCCGCACCGCUUGCAACUCUCCUCGCCCCAGAGGGCGCCGCAGCAUCGAACCCUCGCCUUUGUCCCGCCCCUCGCUGACGUCGAGCGAGGCAAACCAGGGCGCAGUGCAUUGUGGGACAAGGGAGAGGUGGGGACAACCUGGGAAGCCAUGGACACUGGCCGGGAUGCUCCAGGGAAAGCCAGCCGGUGGUUUGGUGUCACCAUGCCCAAAUCAGUGAAGACCAGCGUCAACAUUCUCCACCAGGAGAAGCUGAUUGCCCAGAAGAAGCGGGAGAUCGAGGCCAAGAUGGAACGGCAGGCCAAGCAGAACCACUUGAGAGGGCAGCUGGCUGCCCAAGCUAGCGACGAUGACAGUGGGGAUGGCGAAAGCACCGUUUCAAACAAGUUUGCCAAUGAUGGGAGUUUCCUUCAGCAGUUCCUCAAACUCCAGAAGGAGAAAUCAGAGAGCGGUGCUUCCUCCAGUUCCACUGAACCUCCGGCCGCAAAUCCUCCAGCAGCCAAGAAGACCCUCCCGGCUGGGAAGCGCCCCAACCUCAGCGUCAGCAGCAUGCUGAACCAAGUAAAAAACUACACGCAUUCCAAGCAGACCCCCGUGACCAACCGCCUGAGCGUUUUCCAGUCUCCGGAUGACGAGGAGGAGGAUGAUGAUUACGAGCAGUGGCUGGAGAUCAAAAUUUGUCCCCCAGAGGACAUCAAGACGCGCCGGUUGGUGGAGAAGCUGGCCAAGGUGGUGGCGGAAGGGGGCCCCGAACUGGAGAAGGUGGCGCUGGAAGACUGCAAGGAUAACCCGGCAUUUGCAUUCCUGCAUGACAAGAACAGUCCGGAGUUUCUUUACUACAGAAAGAAACUGGCGGAGAUGUGGAAGAAGGGCCAGGAUCCAGAGGAGAUCUCCCCUGUUCAGAAAGUUUCACCCCCAGACGACGAAGAGAUCAAGGAGAGCGCCGAGAAGUUGGCCCGCUUUGUGGCAGAUGGGGGCCCGGUGGCGGAGAUGGUCGCCCUGAAGAACCACAGAGAGAACCAGUCGUUCAGGUUUUUGUACGAGCCCAGUAGCUCUGGCUACAAGUAUUACCGGGAGAAGUUGGACGAGUUCCGGAAAGCCAAAGAGGACGCGGAGGGCAUGCCUCCCAUCUUGGAAGCUGCUGCCAAACGGAAAGCCCCUCCGGAAGCAGCAGCCGCUGCUUCGGCCUCAAGGGCCGCUUCCCCGGGGCCAAAACCGGCCGCCUCAUCUGGGGCCAAGAAGAAGCGGAAAAGCCGGUGGGGCCCGGAAGAGGAGAAAGUCGACCUCCCGCCCCCAGAACUUGUCCAGCAGACGGAGGAGCCCUCCCCGACCCCAUUGUCUGUCCAGGAUCUGAAGGGUCUCGGCUACGAAAAAGGGAAGCCGGUCGGGCUGGUGGGGGUCACGGAGCUCUCGGAUGCCCAGAAAAAGCAACUGAAGGAGCAACAAGAGAUGCAGCAGAUGUACGACAUGAUCAUGAAGCACAAGCGCGCCAUGCAAGAGAUGCAGCUGAUGUGGGAGAAGACGGUCAAGCAGCACAAGUCGGGGUACGACAGCGACGAGGAGGUGGAUAGCGAGCUCGGCACCUGGGAGCACCAGCUGCGGCGCAUGGAAAUGGAGAAGACGCGAGAGUGGGCGGAGCAGCUGACGCAGAUGGGCCGAGGGAAGCAUUUCAUCGGGGACUUCCUCCCCCCGGAUGAACUGGAAAAAUUCAUGGAGACCUUCAAAGCCCUGAAAGAAGGCCGCGAACCUGAUUAUUCAGAAUAUAAGGAGUUCAAGUUGACAGUGGAGAACAUCGGUUACCAGAUGCUGAUGAAGAUGGGCUGGAAAGAAGGGGAGGGGCUCGGCUCCGAGGGGCAGGGCAUCAAAGCCCCUGUCAACAAGGGCGUGACGGCGGUGGACGGGGCAGGCUUUGGGAUCGACCGCCCGGCCGACCUGACUAAGGAAGAUGAUGAGUAUGAGGCCUUCCGGAAGAGGAUGAUGCUGGCCUACAGGUUCCGCCCCAAUCCUUUGAAUAAUCCUCGGCGUCCAUACUACUGACUCCACCAGGGGCUCCUGCGAACGGUGAUGUCUUCAACGCAGCCUCUCUCCCUUUUGUUUCUCCCUUUUUCUCUCUUUUUAAUUUUAUGUUUUCUAGCAGAGCCUUCUUUUCCUGGCCUUUUUGUCCAUCUGCCUCCAGAGCAACCUCUGACCCGUUUGUUCAUUGCAUCUCCGGACGGCUUCUGACUUCUGUCUUUCCCGUUGUGUAUAUAUAUAUAUAUAUUUGAGACAGUCCCCGAUAAGGUGGAGGAGGAACCGGAUGGACUUAAAUCUUAUGAUUUGUGGAAAUGUGGGGUUUUUUGGGGGGGGGACACAGGAAGAGAAACCCAGGCAUUGAAAUAUCAGCUAAACUGAAUUCUCGUUGAAGUACUGUUGGUGUUCUCUUUUUAAAAAAGAGUCAUUUUCCAUGUCUCUGUAUGAGUUUCCAGUCUGGGCCGAUCAGCGCCGUUGGACCGAUGGAGCCACGAUAUCGUCAGUGCUUUGAACGAUCAUCCCAGUGAGGGGGGGACGAAAAAGGCCAAAGAGGGGUCAGAAAUAGGGUAAAAAAAAUGCACCUGUUUUCUCCGGGGCUGCUUAAAAAAAUUAAAAUUACGGAAUGCUCCCACCACGCAAACCUUUUAUGUGGAGCCAAAGACGAUCAUUCCACUUCCAGGAGAAAUGGUGCUGGGUUUCCCGGUCUCUUUCCAAAGAUCUCACCAUCCCGACACUCGUUGGAGGCCAAAAAGAGGCUACUGUUAAACCUGGUUUCUCACUCUUCAAAGUCUAAUUGAACGUCUAGGUUUUGACCACAAAGUUUUAAAGUUAGGGCUAGGCUGUUUAAGGAAAACCCCGGGCAUCCGCCUUGAUCUCGCUUGGAUGUCCGCCAUGCCUGUUAUAUCCCAGUUUUGGUUUGCUGCCUUCAGUCUCCCUCCCCUCACCCGUUGCAAACCCCCAAACCCAUGUAUUCUUAUUUUUUGGAAAGGUUUCUUUUAUUUCUUUGGGAUGGUAUGUAUGUGCGUGCGUGUGUGUUUUAUGUUUUAACAGAAACCGUAGAGUUUAACACUUUGGGCUUUUGAAAAACAAGUUAAAUAAACUUAGAGAAACAAGGUUAA